GUUCUGAUUCAUUCACAAACCCAACUCCAAACUGUCUCACUCUCACCUCCUUCCCAUUAAACUCAUUCACUCACUCCACAAAUUCCACCUUCCACCUCUCUCUCUCUAUCUUUUUCUCUCUCAUGUCCACGGCGGUUGCGCCAUCUUCCGUCACCAUCACCGCCACCGGCGUCGGUCUUGGCUACGGCAUUGCCAUCGCCGUCAGCAUCCUCGUCCUCAUCUCCACCAUCAUGCUCGCCUCCUACGCCUGCGUCCGCAUCAAGGCCCACGGCCGCCGCAGUAGCUCCUACUACUACAGCGACCGUGAGAUCACGGACUCUACCGGGCCCAGACCUGUGAUACUGGGCCUGGAAAAGCCCGUGAUCGAAGCCUAUCCGAAGAUUGUUAUUGGGGAGAGCAGGCGGUUGCCACAGCCCAAUGAAGGCACGUGCGCCAUCUGCUUAUCUGAGUAUCUUCCGAAGGAGACGAUACGGUGCGUUCCGGACUGCCAUCAUUGCUUCCACGCCGAGUGUGUCGAUGAGUGGCUCCGUGUGAGUGCCACGUGUCCCAUGUGUCGGAACUCUCCGGCUCCGUCGCCGGUGGCUACGCCGUUGUCGGAGCUGGUUCCUCUGGCUUUUCACGCCAGGUGAUUCUCGUUUUGUACCACGUUACUUGCUCUCUUCUUUUUUUAAUCAGUUAUUUUGCAUUGUUUUUUACAAAACAAUACGAAAAUUCAAAAUAUGCUGAUCCCGAAAUUGACUAUGGUUCGUUUCAUAACUUUAUAUUUUCAUUUUUUGCGGUAGUGAUCUUGGGAUUCUAGUUUCAAAUUUGAGUGAAAUCUAUGAUAGAAGUUUCAGUUUAAUUGUCAGUACAAUUGUAUUGUAUGGUUUCUUGUAAGUUUUAGCUUGUUAAGGCCUUACUUAGUUAUAGUUAGAUUUCUUUUUUUUGUUGAUAAAAGUUAUAGUUAGAUUUCAGCUGUUAGUUACUUGUUAAAGUGAGCCAGUUUGUAUUAAUACCUUGUGUGAUUGAAUGAAUUAGAGGUUUCAAAUCUCAAACUACUGAAUUCUACAUUCAUCCUGUUUCUCACGUACAUUUGGUAUUAGAGCUCCGCAAGGGGCUUGGACAAAAAAUCGGAGUUUUCAUGAGUGGGUGAGAUCUUUUGUGAGAAGGUUUGUUUGUGUGUGAGGAAAAGCAAGUACCAUGUCGGAAAACACAAGUUUCAUUCAACUCCCAGUUCCCAAAUUUGAUGGAUACUACGAUCAUUGAAUUAUGCUAAUGGAAAAUUUGAUGCGAUCUCAAAAGAGUAUUUAGGGCUAAUCAAAGAAGGAGUUUCAUUGCUUCCACAAAACACAAGGAGCGGUUCCUGGCAGGCUUCUAGGCGGAAGGAUCAAUAAGGUGAAACGAGGAUGAGGUGAAAGUCCACCCCACUACGAGAAAUGAGGAUGGGGCGGGGACAAAGGAGAGAUGUGAGAAAGAGGAGCAAGAAGAUAUUCCAUGCACCGCGCGAGUGUCACGCCUAAACACAUACUUACUUUCAAAUUUGUUAGAGCUUCACGAUAAUAUAUUUGCACAAUUUGUUUAGGCAUUUUUUACACAAAUUUGGUUGCUUGUGAGGACUCUAGAAAAAAGACAAAUAAAGUCUUUUUAUGGAAGGUGGAUUAUACCUUCACACUCAUGCAGGUAGAUACAUCAAAUGCAUCUUUGCAACGCCUCCUAAAUAAUAGGCUAUGUAUCUAUUAAGGAUUGUGUCAAUACAUCAAGAGUCAUACUAUAACACGAUCCAAAUAAUCGACUAUGUAUCUAAUAAUGUCUUAGCCCAACUUCGCAUCAAGAACUACUACAUGCCAUAAGAUGAGAUGAUGCAUGCUUUCCUAUGAAAGGAUGACCUAGGAUGAGGUUUUUGAUGGAGGGUUAUUUGGAGUCAUCUUUCAAGACUUGACUUAAACCAUCUAUAGCUUGUAUAGCUAGUAUUUCUCAUAUUUUCACUAUGCUCUAAUUUUUUGUCCUUUAUUUAUACUUUGAGUUGGGCUUUUAUAUAGGCCACUAAGAUUUAAGAUUGGGCUUGAUACUGUGUUUUUAGGAAUUAUAUUUUGGGUCUUACAUAUAUGGUCCAUUAGGUUAGAGUAGUAUGAGGACAAGUGUGGUUGCUUAGUAUGAGUUUGGCCAUUGGGCUUGACAUUUUUCCUCUCCUUCUAUAUAUGGGUAGAGCUUUUGUAUUUCUCACACUUUAAUUCAGAAUUGAAAUUUGAGUUUGCUAAGUUUUGAAUCUUCUUCCAAAACCUCUCUCUUGAUACUUGACAAUUAUCGAGGAUGCCAAAUUUUUGUGUUCUGUUCUUCUUUGAUUCAUGACUUUGAAAUUCAAAGAGCUAAAAU